AUGCGUCGUACGAGAGCUCAGCAAAAAAAUGCUGAGGUCCCUGAUGAGAUGCGUUUAACCAAACAACAGACAGAUGUUUCGAGUCGGCGCAGAACUCGUCGGGAAGAAAAAGAACCAUUUGUUGUUGAUGAUGAACCUAUGAGUCGCGAAAGUCGUAAAUCUUCACACCACAGUCAUAAGCACUCGAGCAGAUACAAUUCCAAAGAUGAACGUUCAUCCGAGCGUAGAUACAAAUCAGUUUCUGCAGCUUCAACGCAUCGAGAAAAAUCUUCUGGGAGCCACAGAAGCGCAUCGAGCUCAAGAAGUCAUUCACAUAACUCACACAUUGAUCAACAAAAAGAAUCAUACCAUUCACACGGAUCUUCUUCAAAUUCAAAAACGUUAGUCGAAAAUAAUCUACAAUUAAAAGAACUUAAAAGCCAAAAUCAAGCACUUCCUCCUCCACCUCUUACUAGCCGACCAAGAACAAGGAAAAGGCAGCCAAAUACUCCAAAUUCUAACCAACAAAACCUUUCGAAUUCAAUAGAUGAUCUUUUAUUCAGUCUCAUUGACGACAAGAACAAGAAAUUUGUCCCUCCACCAGCAGACAGUUCAUCGCAAUUCGAUACAAUGACAGGAGAAGAAAUUGAGUUACAUCAAACACUUAAUUCGCCACCAACACCACGUAUUCAGAGUACACAUGGUCGCAAACUAUCGCAUUACGACUUUGAAGUCUUCUUUGCAUCAAGGUUUUCCGCUGCAUCACGAAAUCUUACUUUACAGAACUAUUUCGACGAUUUAAGUCCAGUUACACAUGAUAGCCGUGAACGUGAAGAGCUAUCAUCACUUAUUCGACAAAAAGUAUCAUCAAUUUUUGGAAAUCGCUCGCGAUCACAAAACGAAUGGCGUUUCUUUCGCGAUUCUGUUCUUCGUCGUAAUUUUGAUGAACUAUUAUUCCUUUCCAAACGAUAUUCAGAGACCAGUGACCUCCAACUCACUCGAUUUUUCGCAUCAGACAUUACGAAAGACGCGACACGCAUUGAUAUUUCACAUUUCGAUUCAUUAAAAUUUAGUAAUUUAAAGUAUGAUCGAAUUUGUGAUCGAACACAUAUAAUUUCAUGCCACAUUAUUGGUAGAAACAUAUAUGAUGUUUGGCCGAGGAUAUCAUCAAUGUGUUCCUCAGUUAACAACAUGUUUGAUUUAUUUGGCGAAAGUGUUUUUAAUUAUUGCAUGAACUGGCUUUUAUUGUUUCCUCAAGAUUUCACGAAAGACUUUUACAAAUUGUUUUCUGCUGCUAUCAAAUCAACUAUUUCUGUUUCACCUAAUAGUAAGUUUCUUCUUUAUUUCGCACGCUCUGUAGGACGUGCUCUUUGUAAAGGAAUCAUUAGAUCAGAUCGAUUACAAGAGUUUCCACGAUUUUCUCCUCUUUCGCAUUCUCAAUGGGGAAUGCCUCCUCUUGGAGUUCCUCCUUCUUUUCUUGCUGAACAUUUCAUGUUUGUUGAAUGCGAAAUUGUUAGUAAACUUUCAGUUGACGAUAUUCUUUGUCAGCGUUUUCAUGACAUUGUUCGCAGUUUCAACAACACAUGUGAUUACAUUUGUCGACACAUUUUGACAGAUGACAGCAAGAACAGAGCGCGUAAUAUAUCAUAUUGGAUUGAUACAAUGACAUAUUCAGCACAACUUGGAAAUCUUUUCCUUGUUUUCGAGAUUUCCGCUGCAUUGAAUUCACCAGCAAUCAGUCGAUUGCGUCGCAGUUGGGAUUUAGUUAGUGGAGAUCUUAAAGAUCGAUUCUACAGCAUCGAUGAACUCACAAGUCAUUACGACGAUUACAGCUGCAUGCGUCAAUUUGUUUCAUCAAGAAACAAGACAGAAUGUCUUCCAUUUGUUUUAGGAUAUGCUCGUAUUUCAGAACAAGUUCGAUCUCUUGCCAACAUUGAAGACUUUGACAUUAUGCAACUUGAUAUCAUCAGUUCUCUUUGUCUUCAAAUUCGCGAAUGUGGUCUUAGAACUUAUUCCCUUGAUAACAGUGUUUUGGACUUUGUUAGAUCUGUUAAAGAAUCAAUCACUCGUAACUUUGACCUUCCUAUUGAUGUAUUAUCAAGGAAAUACGAACCACCUCUCUCUUUACCUUUCUAG